AUGUUACAGAUUCCAAAACUAUAUGUUGAAACAAUUCUUGAUAUUCAUACAAAAUUCUUGAAAUUUGUAAAAGAAGCUUUUAAUAAUGAACAAGAUUUUACUGUUGCUCUUGAUAAAGCUUGUGCUAAAUUUAUUAAUAAUAAUACAGUAACAAUAGCAGCUGGUAAUACAACAAAAUCACCUGAAUUAUUAGUUCAAUAUUGUAAUACACUUCUACGAAAAGGAAAUAAAACUGUUGAAGAGACAGAUCUCGAAGAAAAAUUCAAUCAAAUUAUGAUGAUUUUUAAUUAUAUUGAAAAUAAAGAUGUAUUUCUAAAAUUUUAUCGUAAAAUGUUUGCUAAACGUUUAGUAGGUCAAUUAUGUGCAUCUGAUGAUUAA